AUGGCUUCUUCUUCAUCAGCGUCCUCUCCCAUCCCACAGAUCUGGCGAAACAUCUCCUCGUCAGGAAACCUCCAGCGCAAACGAGGUACUGCCUCUUGCACGGGCACAGGCACCAGCAUCAACCCCAACACGUCGUCGAACGCUGCUGGAGAGGACGCCGCCGCCGCCACCUUCAAUAGAAACAGAAACGGGAUCAUGAGACCUUCACCCAUUCCGUUGGCCGUCUUGGGUGGCUCCCCCAUCAACGGGCGAGUAUCCCGAUUCAGCGAGGACCUCGGGGAAGACGCGGCCGGCCCCAACAGCAGCUGCGGCGGCGGCAGCAGCAGCAGCAGGAGUAGACCCGGGAUCACCAUCGUCGAAAACCCGGCCCCAAGAUCAACUGAGCGACAACCUCCCUCGCGGGCACCGAGCCCAUAUAUCGCCGCCAAAGAAGAUGCCGGCAGUUGGAGCACGCCGGACCAGGACCAGGACCAGGAUCAGGAGUGGGAACAGGCACGGUUAGACGCCUCCCAGGGUGGAAGCGGGUGGGCAAAGGCGUUUGACGGCCUCCGGCGCGAAUGCGAGCGGGCGUUCGCAGGCCUGUUUGACCGGCUUCGACCGGCUCAACGACCUCGCCGUCAAUUUCUUGGUCGCCGCGUGGACCGCUGUGGACUACGGCUGCACCACCAACAACAUGGCCCCCAGACAUGA